CUGCUGCUGCUCGCGCCUGCGUUUGCUCUGCCUCCAAUAGAUGCUACUAUGAGAAAACCACUGGUGCGCUGAGGGACGUCUGGAUUCAGCCGGUUUCCUGGGAGGCAGCAUGUGUGGCGUGUGAAAGUCCCACCUGGCGUGCCUGUGACACAGUGUCUAGCCGAGCCAUCCGCCAUGGGUCUGGGGUGCCACUUGGACCCGGAGCGCCGGAUGUGGGAACGCCGGGUGCUGGAACGUCGGCGAGUCCGGUGCGCGCGGAGAAAGCUGCACCCGACGCGGGUGCUCACACUCCUCCUCGGCCUCCUGGCAGUAAGUUCCCUUCCCUUCUCUCUACGUGCCUUCUUCUCAUGGGGUUCUGCCUCUCAGUGGGAGGGGCUACAGGGUCCCGCCCCUCACAGGACACUGCUGUCAGCGGCAGAGGCCAAUGAGAGCCACGGGGAGUACCCCGAGGACCUGUUCUCCCUGGAGGAGAGACGCCGGGGCGCCGUGGCGCUGCACAUGAUUGGCAUGCUCUACAUGUUCAUCGCGCUCGCCAUCGUCUGCGACGAGUUCUUCGUCCCUGCCCUCACCGUCAUCAUCGAGAAGCUGGCCAUCUCCGACGACGUGGCCGGCGCCACCUUCAUGGCCGCCGGAGGCUCCGCCCCCGAGCUGUUCACCUCCGUGAUCGGCGUGUUCAUCUCCCACAGCAACGUGGGCAUCGGCACCAUCGUGGGCUCGGCCGUCUUCAACAUCCUGUUCGUGAUCGGCAUGUGCGCCGUCUUCUCCAAGGAGAUCCUCAACCUGACAUGGUGGCCGCUCUUCCGAGACGUCUCCUUCUACAUCCUGGACCUGGUUAUGCUGAUCGUCUUCUUCCUGGACAACCACAUCAGCUACGGCGAGAGCAUUGCGCUGCUGUUAGCCUACGCCACCUACGUGCUCUUCAUGAAGUACAACAGCCACGUGGAGACGCUCGUCAAGGGCUUGCUGAACCGUAACCAGGUAGUGGAGGUUGUGGAGCCCCAGCCCAAGGUUAGUCCAGUGGAUGCAGAGGAUGAGAGCAAACCUUCGGCCAAGCCCCGGCUGCAGAGGGGGGGCAGCUCCGCCUCCCUGCACAACAGCCUCAUGAGAAACAGCAUCUUCCAGCUAAUGAUCCACACAUUAGACCCACUUAGUGAAGAAUUUGCUGACUCUGAGCUGGGGACAUAUGGCAAGCUAAAAUAUUAUCACUCAGUGACUGAAGAAGGAAAGUUCCGGGAGAAGGCGUCGAUCCUUCACAAAAUUGCCAAAAAGAAAUGCCAAGUGGAGGACGCUAAUGGGGUGGCCGAUAAGAAUCUUCCGAACAGCUCCAGUGUGGAAGUUGAAGUAUGUCCACCUUUAAAUGGCACAACAGCACAAGAAACCGAAACGCAGGGUGAUGAUGAAGAUGAAGAAGACCAGCCCCUCAGCCUCUCCUGGCCUGAGAGCGGCCGCAAGCGCUUCACGUACCUCUUCCUCUUACCCAUCGUGUUUCCGCUCUGGAUCACCCUGCCUGACGUCAGGAAGCCCACAUCCAAGAAGUUUUUCCCCAUCACGUUCCUGGGAUCCAUCUGUUGGAUAGCUGCCUUCUCGUACCUGAUGGUGUGGUGGGCUCACCAGGUCGGCGAGACCAUCGGCAUUACGGAGGAGAUCAUGGGCUUGACCAUCCUGGCGGCCGGAACCUCCAUCCCGGACCUCAUCACCAGUGUGAUCGUGGCCCGCAAGGGUCUGGGGGACAUGGCCGUGUCCAGCUCCGUGGGGUCCAACAUCUUCGACAUCACUGUGGGGCUACCAUUCCCAUGGCUGCUGUACUCUCUGGUGCAUGAGUUGCAGCCUGUGGCUGUGAGCAGUAACGGGCUCUUCUGCGCCAUCGUGCUGCUCUUCCUCAUGCUCCUCUUCGUCAUCAUCUCCAUCGCGGCGUGUAAGUGGAAGAUGAGCAAGCUCCUGGGCUUCAUCAUGUUCCUGCUCUAUGUCGUCUUCCUGGUGGUCAGCGUCAUGCUGGAGGACAAGAUCAUCACCUGCCCCGUGUCCAUCUGACCUCCACACACACACACACACACACACACACACACUCAUACAUGCACGCACACGCACAUACACUCACACGCAGGCGCACACACACUCACACACACACACACACACACACACACGUCCAUUUUCAAACAGCCCAGUGAGAUGCCUCACAUGAGCUCUGAACAGAGCCCUUUACACACAUCACCCAUUUUCACAGUAGGACAGUAGCUCUGGUGUGCUGAAACUAUUGUGUCCCAUGUCUAUACCAACCCUGCUAGUUCCUGCCACCUCUGCGCUAGCAUGCCGUUUGACUGUGAAGUGGACGUUCAGGAAAAGUGGUUUGCAUUGGCUGUGUGGGUGCUGGCCUCACUGCAGUAGGGCGUCACGACUUAGGGAUGUAGAAAUAAAGGGUUAGCUGGCCCCUCGCGCUGAGCGGUUUCUCAAACUUCAGUCACUCUAACUAAGGAAAGCAUCACAGAUCUUUCGAUUCAAAAAUCCGAAAAUCCAUUAUUUCACACAAUAUACCAGAGUGCAAAGCAAAGCAAAUAUCAGUUUGAUUCUCAUUUGGUUGUUUUACUUACUGAGAUAAACUAUAAUUUGGUUUGAGCAAACUUCAAUGAUGACAGUUCAUUUUCCUGAAACUGAUCCUUUUUCAAUGUUUAAUGUUGCAGCGCUCGCUGAGAGGUUUGCAAUGUGACAAAGUGUAAAUAAUCAAUAUUUAAAUUAGCAUGAAGACCAAAUAGAUAUGACACCAAAUAAAUAAAUUAAGGAAUACAUUAUUAUAUAAAUAUUUAUAACCCACAUCAAUCAUUUAGACUGCAACAUUUCAUAUAAUAUAUAUAAAGUAAUUUUUACAUUAGCAAUUUAACUUUUUACCUUAAAUAGUGAUUUGUGACUAUUAAAUUGCUCCGCAAAAGGGCCUGACUUAUAAACCAGGAGUGAAUGUGGACAGAAAAGAGAAAGAGAGAAAGAAUGAGAGAGGAAAGAGAGAGAGAGGGAAAGAGAGAGAGAGA